CGUCCAAACGUCAAUUUGAUCUGAUUUAACUUGAUGAUUUCAGUUAAACCAUACUGUAUUAAUUGGUGACUAAACAAAAUACUAUAUCAGUUAAAUAAAUCCAAGAGUCUCCUUAGACCUUAGUUCGUUUUCUUGCACUCUUGCUGCAAUUGUUUAUAAUAAGCGUGUGAAUCCGGCCGCGUAUCAGUCCCAUCGGAAAAUGAACCGGCGGGUGGCGGAGUGAGAAGCACGCCGUUACGGUGCCAGCCGAGCAGAAGGUGGGAAAGAUUCAACAGCUGUUUGCUUACCGCUUUUGUCAAAGAAAGCAGAAUGCAAGUUGACGCCAAAUCGUAGUAAACUAGUAAUGAAUUCAGCUCGAUUGGGAAACAUGGUUUAAGAAAUUCUUCUGUAUCCGUCGAUUUGAUCGAAAAUAUCGAUAUUGGGUUUCAAAUGGUAGACGACUGUUUUAACGGUACAAAAUGGUUUGAAUCACUAUUUUAGUAUAAAAUAACUCAUUGCUAUCUUUUUCGUUAUAUCUUCCCGUACGGUUUUACAAUCAUUAUUGGGAGAUCGAGCCAGUUUGGGUAAUUUACCGAGGGGGGGGGGGGGGGGUUCUUGUAUGGGAAUUGGGUCCGAGUUGUAUAAGAUCAAAUCGAGAUUUAUAAAUAGACAAAUAAAUUGGGUCUAGACUCUAGAAUUGGAUAAAAACCUCAUUUGCUUAAGUUGUGAAGCUUAAGGACAUUUGAUGCAAUUGAAAGUGAAAGAAAAUCACGAAUCAAGAUUGGGCGGGGUUGACCAAACAUGAACCCAACUUAUUUAAAGUUGAUUCAAUCCAACCGCUAGACCCACCCAAAUCCACUCGAUUAUAACCCACCCAUUACAUGUUUGGGUGGAUGUGAAUCAUUUUUUCAUCACCCACCAUAACAAUAAGUGAGUGGAUUUUGCCCAAAAAUCCACCCAACCCACCCAUUACUCAUCCCUACCAAUUGGGAUCGAAUAAUGGUUGCUUUGAUCCAGUCAUUAUAUCAGUUCAUAUACAAAAUGAAAAUAAAUGCACAAAUAAUUUUAUACCAUAAAGUCUCCCAUUUGAUUCAAUUAAUUAUUUUUAAAUUAUUAUGGAAAUAGAAUCCAAAGUAAAACAAACACGAAUUGAUGUCAAAUUACGUAUCAAUUCUAACCAUAAAUUUCAAAUUAAAAAUGUACUCGACUUGAUUCAUGCGGUACUUAAUUGAUUCAUGCGACUUCACAAACCUUACUCGAAUCAACAACACAUCAAUCAUCAAUCGUUUGGAUCAAUUAAUGAUACACACUCUCAAACUCGAAUCAACGGCGACUCAAAUCAAUAACAUGUUAACUCGCCAUAGAGAUAUCAACCGAUUCGGUUCGGUUCGAUUUGAUCCGUUCCGGUAGUCCCCACCCUUCACAUUUGUUUCCCAAGUCAGCUUUACCAUCACCGCGCGUGAUCACUGAUCUCUCUUCUUCUCUGUCUCCUUCCCUUCAGUGUCUCUGCCUCUCUGCUCUUUCCUUCCUUUCUCGUCCCAUCACACCUUCCUCUCUCAGAGAAAAAAAAAACCCUUCCAAUUCCUCUGUCUCUCUCUUCAAUCACUCUGUUUCCUCCCCUGUUUCCCCCUGUUUUUCCUCCCUCAGCUCAAAGUUACCAAAACUCACUCAAAUUCAAAAACCUUCCCCCAAAAAUCCCCCCUGAUUAAAAACAAUGCACGCCAAGACCGAUUCAGAAGGCACGAGCGUCGACACGACGUGGCCGCCUCGCUCUCCUCCCCGCCGGCCGGUCUACUACGUCCAGAGCCCGUCCAACCACGACGUCGAGAAGAUGUCCUAUGACGGCUCCAGCCCCGCCGGUUCCCCGCCCCACCAUUUCUACCACUGCUCCCCAAUCCACCACUCCCGCGAGUCCUCCACUUCCCGAUUCUCCGCCUCGCUGAAAAACCCGCGCAGCCUCUCCGCCUGGAAGCACGUCCAGCUCAACGGCCACCGCCGCGCCGGCCUCGACGACGACGAUGACGACGACGGAGACGAGUUCGUUGCCGGAGGCGUUCGUGGGUUCGGCUCGAGCCGGUACAAUUCCGUCAGGGUUUAUAUCCUCGGGCUCUGUUUCUUCGUCCUGCUCUUCACUCUGUUCUGUUUGAUCCUCUGGGGAGCGAGCAAGUCGUACGCCCCCAAAAUUGCCGUCAAGAGCAUGGUGUUCGAGAAUUUUAAUGUACAAGCAGGGAAUGACGGAUCAGGGGUGCCAACAGACAUGCUCUCGUUGAACUCAACGGUCAAGAUCCACUACAGGAACCCAGGAACCUUCUUCGCCGUACACGUCACAUCCACUCCUCUCGAGCUCCACUACUUCCAGCUCAAGCUCGCUUCUGGCCAGAUGAAGAAGUUCUCUCAGCCGAGGAAGAGCGGCCGGACGGUGGUCACCGUCGUCAAGGCCCACCAAGUGCCGAUGUACGGCGGGGUGCCGGUCCUGGCAAACGCCUACACCAACAUGGGCAGAGUCGCCGUCCCUCUCAACCUGACCUUCACCGUGAGGUCCAGAGCUUACAUUUUGGGGAGGCUGGUGAAGUCCAAGUUCUACACCAAGGUCCGGUGCCGGCUCACCCUCCAUGGGAAUCAUCUUGGGACGCCACACAAUUUGACUAAUGCUUGCUUUUACGGUUGAUGAACAUAUAGAAGUGUCAUGUUAAUGGUGCAUUGCUAUUGAUGUUGAUUUUUGUUGGGUAAUGUAGAUGUUGUUGCUUGUUGGUUGGUGUAAAUUUGCAAUUUUGGUAUUGGGGUUUAGUGGAAGGUUUUGGUGGAAGUGGUAAUGUGAACUUCUUGGUCACUCAAACCAUCUCUCUUUACAGGAAUUGGUUUAUUCUUAUUUAAACUUACAAGGGUAAGAUGUCGAUACGUGUUCUAAGUUGUUGUAAGUUGUCUGACUAAGUAUUGAAUGGUUGUGAUUCAUGCCAUACGUGGCAACAUGAUCGCGAUCUUUCAAUUCUUGAUCAGACAACCUCACUUGAUAGCAAGGAUGGAAAAACCGUAUUUGCGGAGAAAAUGUCCUGUUGGAGUCUAAACGGGCAAGUGAUUUUUUAGACGUAUCAAACCGUUGAAUAAUAAUUUAAUCACAAUUUCAGUAUAAAUUACCCCACCACUAACUUUUUCUAUAUGAUUUUUCAAUCAUGGCUUGGUAGCCACAAACUCCUCUCAAAGUUGCUAAUAGAAAAGGAUUGAAAGA